AUGCUGGCUGUCUCGCGCGUUGAACCAGAGAGUGGCUCUGACCAAGAGCUUGUGGUGCAGAAUCGCGGCUGGCCGCAUGUGAAAAAGACCUUCGGUGUGGUUGGAGCUCUCUUGGUAGUCUUUGGACUGGCUUCGAUGCGCUUCUCCAACCAGUGCAUCAAUUUGAACGCUUUGCAGGGCAAAACCGAGCUGAAUGUGGAUGAUGCAAUUCUGAAGACCACCAAGAAAUUGCUCAAAGUCAAGAAUCGCAGUCUGGCAGAGAGCACUGUCUUGAAGGCAAUGAAGAAGGCUGGGCAUGAUGCUCAAAAGGACUGGGAGGAACAUCACGUUCGCAAGCUUGACACCCUUGCAGUUCUGAAAGACCGCCAAGCAAUCAAGGACUUCCGUCGUGGACAGCACAAUAAGGAAGCUGGGCAUGCAGAAUGUGCUUUCAACAUUCUGGAAGCUUUCGUGUCAGUUGUGGGCAUGGGGGAUGACAUCAAUGGCAUCAUCCGAACUUGCCCUCCACCUCGUGACGGCGAGUCCGAAUUAGCUUGUCAGGUCGAUGCGUCCAUUUUGGUCGCUUGGGUGGGAAAUGCUGCUGCAAAGAUUUCUCUGGCAGCUUCAAACUGUGCUUUGACCCUUAAUGUGGACUCUGUGUGUGCAGCAGGUGUCAGUGGCUUGGUGGCAGCCUUCGGAGAGAUUGCCGCUGGUGCUUGUUUGGGUGCUGCUGUGUGCACACCAACUCCUCCUUCGUUGACCACGACACAAAUCAGCGUUUUGGGCGACCAAACUGUCCGAACCGGCCGCAGGCUUUUGAUCGGCGAAGGACCUGUUGGCAACGGAGUCCAGUGUGGCGUAGACGUUGGUAUGGUGGCUGCCAACAUCGCCAACAUGGGGCUUGCCAUCAACAAAGCUGUGAAUGUAAACUGA